AUCGUCCAAUACGUAGCUUCGUUGUCUCUACGCCGCCAAGCUCGUUUUAGAGAAUUUGCACCCCAAAGCUGGCUCUUGAAGUACAGAAAGGAAGCUUUUACUUUCAACGAAACUUUCGUUUAAAUGCUGCUUGUGAUUAACUUUUUAUAAUUAUUUUUUCACUUCAAGUUUUCUGUUAACCGUGAACUAAAAAUAAGCGUUUGAAAAGUGCAACCGUAGCGGUCGCCAUUUUGAUUGUGUAGGGAUGUAUUCGACUUUUUAAACUCGACUUGUGGAAACCGUGUGUCAAGCAUAACUGGUUUCCAAAGUCCAAAACUUCGUAGUUAUGUAACAGAUUGAGCAGGUGUAAGAACAGGCCCUCUAAAGGUACACCUACAUCUCCUUCGCCUGAUCUCAGCUUCCGCUGCCAUGUCGGGAUCGGGAAAUAAAGUUCAGUCCAUGGCGGGCAGUGCCGGAGUGAAACGUAUAAUUGGUUAUACCCCAGUGAAAAACAUGAAUACGCACAUCAUUACAACGGUUCCCAUCAUCACACCACCCAAGAUGUCUCCCCUAAAGCCGGAGCAUGCCAUUCUGCCGAAGACAGUGCCUUUGGGAAACUCUCCUGUGAUUCUUGGGACUCCGCAGAGGUCACUGUAUAGCAAUACAAAUGCCAGUCCCAAGACUCCGGUUCAGAACAUGGACCAGACAGUGCCGUGGUCCAAUAAAAAGCCACUGGACUAUGGAGAGGCGGAUUACCCGGAAAUGAAGCGACGUUGCAAAGGGGAGAAAGGAGGCAAGGGACUGCGACACUUCUCCAUGAAGGUUUGCGAGAAGGUCCAAAAGAAAGGGACUACAUCGUACAAUGAAGUGGCAGAUGAACUGGUAGCAGAGUUUGCCGCUGCUGAACCGAUGAGCCACCAUCAUCGCGGUGGCAGUGACCAGGCGUACGACCAGAAGAACAUUCGUCGGCGUGUCUACGACGCACUCAAUGUGCUUAUGGCAAUGAACAUUAUCUCCAAGGAGAAGAAGGAAAUACGCUGGUUAGGAUUGCCCACAAACUCUGCCCAAGAGUGCCAGAAUCUCGAGGUCGAGAAGCAGAGGAGGCUAGAAAGGAUAACUGUUAAGACGCAACAGCUUUAUGACCUCCUCCUUCAGCAAAUAGCAUACAAGAACCUGGUAGAACGAAAUAGGGCACUCGAGCAGCUGAAACAAACGCCACCGCCAGGAUCUACGAUUCCGCUGCCCUUCAUCAUCAUCAACACCAACAAGGAGACUGUCAUCGACUGUAGUAUUUCGAGCGAUAAGUCGGAGUACCUCUUCAACUUCGACAACACAUUUGAAAUUCACGAUGACAUUGAGGUUUUGAAACGCAUGGGAAUGGCUAUGGGACUAGACAAAGGUUCUUGUAGUCCCGAGGACCUUGAACGUGCCAAGAAAAUGGUGCCCAAGAGCCUCGAACAAUAUGUUCUCCAAAUGUCGCAGGGAGGAGCAGAUAUGACGCAGGGAAUAAAAGUGCUACAAUCAGAAAGGUCGAGCCAGCGCGCAGAUGGUGGACCUUCGGGCAACAGCACAAGCACUGCGCCUGCAGCACUAUCACGCCAGUCCAGUGUGGUGUCGUUCUCCGACGUCCACUCCAGGCCCGGGACAAGCACUCCCUCCGAGGAAGACGAAGAAGAUGAAGAGGAGGAUGACUUUUCGGACUCUGACUCCGAUUCUGCGGGCGACUGAACGGAGGGGUCCCCGUGGAAGGAGGGGCUAGUGCAUCGGUCUGUCGUUGCAUUACAGAGAGGGUGUCGAGAUGCUGGCAGGCAAAAAGUAGCUGGGGAAUGCAUGAAUUGUGCUCUAGUCUUCUGGGCCAUUACUACUCCAGCAAUUGUGAAGCUCAUGCCCUCGUUGCAAGUUUUCUGUCAAACUAUGCGCUGUGUGGUACUGCUCUUCAGGAUGAAGCAACGCGAAUUUCAUGGUGCCUCACUUGACGCGGAACAAUUUUGUUUGUUCAGCUAAAGUAAUUUGUCUUGGAGAGGUUUUUUUGGGGAUCGUCGUUUUUGCUAGACAUUAUUUAAAUGCUGGGGAUACGUCGUGUGCGACUUGUCAGUUUUAAGGUGGUUGUUGCAAAUCAAAAUGUCAGCAGCUGUAGCACUGAGCAGUGCUGUACGUUCUGGAGACGUUGAAUGAGACAUUGCUAGGCAAGCAUGCCACUGGCAGUUUGACCGCGCUGCUACAAUGUGCAAGAAGUACAGGAUUAUAUUGAAACGUAAGCCAUGUGCUGCUCGGUUGCAAUUUUGUGCCAUUAAGGUUGUGGACAUAAUUUUUAAAUUAAAUUGUUCCGAAAAGUCUCCUCCUUUUUUUGCACGUGCAGCAGUUAACCGUAAAAUUGCCAGGGUACGGGACACUAUGCGAAGCAUUGUGCCCCUUUUAUCCUGCUGCUGGUCAUCAGACCUGUUUAUGAUACGUGAAUCAUGCUGCUUCCUUUUCAGAUUAUUUAGAACUAUUUCUCGUGUACAGUGGUAUCCUACAUUUGAAGCUGUUCGCUUUCUGAGUGCUGACGAUACUAAAGGGCAGACUUGUUCUUAGGCUUCUGUUUUCUUAGUUUCCUUUUUCUUCGCUUAUGCCGAUAUACAUAGAAGAGGCGCUGGCUCGUGUUCUAUCACACGAAAGCCAUGGUUUGGUUUAGUUGUGGUGAAAGAGUGUAGAAACAUUGGGUAGCUGCAUUACGCUGCCUUUGCCGGUAGCAUCUACAUUUCGAGCAGACUUGCACGGGUCUCUGUGCUGCUAGAAUGUAUGCGACGUUCAAACGACGCCCUUUUCAGACGAGCACUUGAUGUCUGGUACUCUGUGUGACCCCCUUCUGUUGUACGUAUCUGUGUUUUUGAAAACUUGUAAAGUACUUUAGCAGUGCAUAGGACAAGCACAGCGGUCUGCAGUGCUUGUACCCGCUUUCAUCAUUUUCUCAAAUGCUUCCUUGUGUGGUACUUUGAGGUGUGUGCCUUAGAAACCCUAGAAUUGUGAAGCCCUUCUCUUCUUGCCUAUGAUGCCUACGGUUUGAUAUCUGGGAAAUGUGAGGCUAUACAGGCUUCUGUGUGCUUGAAGCCUGUGUGUGUGUGGGGGGGUGAACGUGGGUGCAACGGGACGUAGUUGCGAUCCACGGUAACGUCUGCGCAUCGUAACAGCUGCGUGUGAUGACGGUUUCACGUCACAAGCGUUGCCAGUGGGCAGGGUGUGUUACAAAAACGUGCACAGCACAUUGCUGCUAGCAUUUGUAUAUUGCAUAUUUUUUCAGCUGUGAUGUACAUAUGACUCAUGAGCUAACUACUUUUUUUUUGUUUAUGCUCCGUUUAGGUGUGAAAGGUACGAGGAGGUAAUUGAAUUAAAUUCAUUGUGUCACCGCAGUUUGUUCAAGGAGUUUUAAGCUGGGGCGAUGUAGUGGAGGUGGCGUGAAACAUGUGAAGCCAAACUUUGCCAUCUCUGCUGGUAGACCUUGAGAGGUGGGAUGAGGCACCCUUUUUGUAUUUCUCUACAGGGAGGAAGCCUAACUUAGGGAAACCUCAGUAUCACUCUUGCUGGAAAUUUGUGACAAGGUGACCUUGCAAAUGAAAUGCCUUUGUAGUGGAAGUGGCUGUUCAAGAGCCGUCCGCUGCAUUCCAAGCGGUCUGCUUGUACUUCUUCGUGUCUCAACGGGGAAACUACCAAUUGCAUCUGAUCUGGUCCCUGUGUGGCUGCGAAUGCUGGAAGUCUGUGCUGUUUUAGUUGUUGGCUAACACUGUUUAAAUGUUUCAUUAUGUACAUAUUUAAGCACCAUUUUUUACAUGACUGUGCGUGUCUUGGCAGUCGCUGGCCUACUUCAAAUGCUUCCGAGCAGGCUGGUGCUGUGUGUACAUGACUGGGCUCUCUGCUGGACUAGGUUUUUGCUUGGCCUUCCUUUUGAUAGCAGAAUGAAUUCUUGAUUGCAGUUUUGCACAAACAUACCUCUUGUAAAUACCUGCUGUCAUGUGUACCAUAUAUAUUUUAGUAGCUACAUUGUACAGGAUACUGUGCAUGUAUGCACACACAAACAAAUAUAAAGAGUGGUACUAAGA